AUGGGUAUUGAAAAAUCAGCUGAAGGUCCAGCUUUAAAACUUUAUCAAUUUUUAGAUAAAUUUCCAAAUUUAACAAAUGUUGUUAUUAUUUGUAUGAUUUCAUGUAUAUCAGGUUUAAUGUUUGGUAUUGAUAUUGCUUCAAUGUCUGCAUUCUUGGGUCAUGAUUCUUAUUUAGAAUUUUUCAAUUCACCUAAAUCUGAUUUACAAGGUUUUAUAACAGCUUCAAUGUCAUUAGGCUCAUUUUUUGGUGCUUUAAGUUCAAGUUUUAUUUCUGAACCAUUUGGUAGAAGAGCUGCUUUAUUAUGUUGUUCAUUUUUUUGGUGUGUUGGUGCCGCUGUACAAUCUUCAUCUCAAAAUGUUGCACAAUUAAUUAUUGGUCGUUUAAUUGCUGGUUAUGGUAUUGGAUUUGGCUCAUCAGUUGCACCAAUUUAUGGUUCUGAAUUAGCUCCAAGAAAAAUUAGAGGUUUUAUUGGUGGAUUAUUUCAAUUUUCUGUUACUUUAGGUAUUUUAAUUAUGUUUUAUGUUUGUUAUGGAUGUGGUAAAAUUAAAGGUACUGGAUCAUUUAGACUUGCUUGGGGUUUACAAAUUGUUCCUGGAAUUUUAUUAUUUAUUGGUAUUUUUUUCAUUCCAGAAUCUCCAAGAUGGUUAGCUAAAAAUGGAUUUUGGGAAGAUUGUGAAGCUAUUGUUGCAAAUAUACAAGCAAAAGGUAAUCGUGAAGAUGCUGAUGUUCAAAUUGAAAUUUCUGAAAUUAAAGAACAAUUAUUAAUUGAUGAACAUGUUAAAGAUUUUACUUAUGGUGAUUUAUUUAAAAAAAAAUAUAUUAAUAGAACUUUUACUGCAAUUUUUGCACAAAUUUGGCAACAAUUAACAGGUAUGAAUGUUAUGAUGUAUUAUAUUGUUUAUAUUUUUGAAAUGGCUGGUUAUUCAGGUGAUGCAAAUUUAGUUGCUUCAUCAAUUCAAUAUGUUUUAAAUACUUGUACCACAGUUCCAGCUUUAUAUUUUUUAGAUAAAUUAGGUAGAAGACCAGUUUUAUUAUUUGGUGCAGCUGCAAUGAUGACUUUCCAAUUUGGUGUUGCAGGAUUAUUAGCUACAUAUUCUGAACCAAUUGCAGAUUAUAAUGGUUCAGAUACUGUUAAAAUUCAAAUUCCAGAUUCUGAAGGUGCAGCUGCUAAAGGUGUUAUUGCAUGUUGUUAUUUAUUUGUUUGUUCAUUUGCAACAUCAUGGGGUGUUGGUAUUUGGUUAUAUGUUUCUGAAAUGUGGGGUGAUAAUGUUUCAAGACAAAGAGGUACUGCAUUAGCAACUUCUGCAAAUUGGAUUUUUAAUUUUGCAAUUGCAAUGUUUACACCAUCAGCUUUUAAAAAUAUUACAUGGAGAACUUAUUGUAUUUAUGCAGCAUUUUGUGCUUGUAUGUUUGUUCAUGUUUUCUUUGGAUUCCCAGAAACUAAAGGUAGAAGAUUAGAAGAAAUUGCACAAAUUUGGGAUGAUAAAAUUCCAGCUUGGAGAUCAGCUUCAUGGCAACCAAGAGUUCCAUUAUUAUCUGAUAAACAGUUGGAAGAUAAAUUAACAACUCAACAUAAUGAAAAUACUAGCGGAAUUUUAAAUUCUGAUCAUGCUUCAAGUAAUGAAAAGGAAAUUGUUGAACAUGUUCCAAAUAAAGAAGUUGUUUGA